GCACAGCCGGCAGACUCUAUUGAACCUGAUGAUACACCUUUGGAAAGCACGGAAAUAACACAGGAUCAGCUGCUGAACUAUGAGCUGAUGUUUCCCAUAGGCCAGGAUAAAUCCAUCCCCUGGAAUGGCAUCACUGCAUAUGAAAAUAUGAAGGCAAAGAGAAUACCUGAACUCACGAAGUGGAAAGAGCAGGGUCCUUGUCAGAAGGAGCUCUACAGAGCCCUGUAUAAAUUGGUAAAGGCUCAGCAGAGAAGCGGAGGGGAGAUUUACAAAUUCUACUUGCCCAACUGCGACAAGAAUGGCUUUUACCACAGCAAACAGUGCGAAACUUUACUGGAUGGAGAGUCUGCUGAAUGCUGGUGUGUUUAUCCAAAAACUGGCAGAAGAAUUCCUGGAUCUCCAGAAAUUAGAGGAGACCCAGAAUGCCAACAGUAUCUCAACUCACAAGACUAA